CCACUUCUUCUGCCACGCUCAUGACGAGCUUCGAGAAGACCGUGAAGCUUGCUUGCAAGCCCAAAGCUGCCCCACCGAAGGCCAAGUACUUGGACCCAAUCAUCGCCGCUACCUGGUCAGAAGAUGGCGCAGUGCACGACGUAUGCAAGGCCCUGUCCCCGAGGUUCCGCGAGCCGAACGUCAUCGUCGUGUUCAAGGCCCUCAUUGUCCUCCACACCAUGAUCCGCAACGGCGCGACAGACAACAUCCUCCAGUACCUCUCUUCCUCCGACGUCCUCAAGCUGCGCAAUGUUUCGUCGGGCAACUGGGAAGGCUACCAGGCGCCGCAGAACCUACAGAAUUACGCCAAGUAUCUUGACACUCGGAUACGGGCAUACCGCGAGCUCAAGCAUGACGCGAUUCGCGUGCAAUCCGAGACCAACCGCGAUAUGCGCAACUCAGCCGCGAUCGACGAGGAGCUGGAGGAGACCCGCGGGAGUCGCAACAAGCGCAGUAAGAACCCUCCGCCACCGUCUUCGUCUCCCUUAGGUGGCGGGCUCCAGCGGAGCAAAACGUUGGCCGGUCGGAAAUUGCGUGUGAUGACAGUCGAGAAGGGCCUAUUGCGGGAGACGAAGAUCGUGCAGAGAAUGGUGGACUCCCUGGUAGAUUGCCGGUUUUACCUUGAUAACCUCGAGGACGAACUCAACAUCACCGCGCUGCGGAUGUUGGUCAAGGAUCUCUUGAUCCUGUUUCAGGCAUGCAACGAGGGCGUCAUCAACGUUCUGGAGCACUACUUCGAGAUGUCCCACAUUGACGCGCAAGAAGCACUCACCAUUUAUAAGCACUUCUGCAAACAGACUGAGCAAGUGGUCGAGUAUCUCGGUGUCGCGAAGAAGUUGCAGAAUCUCCUCAAUGUACCAAUACCAAAUCUCCGACAUGCACCCGUCUCUCUUGCGAGCUCGCUCGAAGAGUACUUGAAUGACCCGAACUUCGAGCAAAACAGGAUAGAAUACAAGACGCAGAAGGAGGCCGCCGAGCGAAAUGCUAAGCUGGGCAUCAGGCCGUCACCUAAGCCCGUUGACAAACCGGCAUCACCAAAACCGGCAGAAGCAGGUUCGUCGAAGACCCCUGACGCGGGGCCGAAAACGCCUGGGCAGAAGGCUUUGAUCGACUUCUUCAGUGCUAUUGAGACGGAGCAACAGACCAUGUUCAACCCGCAGACCAACAGCCCAACCUCGACCUACUUCCACAACCAAGCCAUACAGAAUCCAUUCCAGCAACAGCAGAUGAUGACUGGCGUCAUGCUCGGCGCGCAGGCAUUCGGGCAGCCACAGCUCGCGGCGCAGCCCACAGGAUUCCUAAUUCCUCAGCAAACAGCAAUGCCUAUGGGCGGUACGAAUCCGUUCGGUUUGCAAGCCCAACAGCAGCAGCAGCCACAGCAGCCAUUCCAGCCUUUCCUCGCUCCCCAGCAGACGGGCUUCUUGCAACCCCAGAUGACGGGCGCGAACCCAUUCCGUCAGAGCAUGCUGUUCCCCCACACAACUGGUACGCCGUUUGGCGGCGCCCCACAGAGCACGAACCCGUUCCCCGUACAGUCCUCACAACCACAGAAUCCCAUGCAAACCUCGAGUCCGUUCCAGCCUCAGCCGUCGCAGCCACAACCCACCGGUCAGCCUUCCUUCCCCUUCGGCAACGCAUUCGCAAAUGCGCCUUCCGCGACCGCGUCGGCCGCACCCACCUUUGCCCAACCGUUCGCGCAGCCCGCGUCGAAUGGAUCCAUCAACAAUCAAUCGGUCCCGCCGCGUUCGGCGACGGCGCCUCUCACCGGCCCCGGAAAGUCGGCCUCGCCGCCACCAGCACAGCCUGUCAACACGCACCAGACGGGUUCGCGCAAUCCGUUUGGGCAGCCGGUAACGACUCCGCCGCCGGUGCCUAAGCCCCCGACGCUCAUGGAGCUCGCGAUGGGCAUAAGCACUCAAGGUCAGCAACAGCAGCCGAUGCAGACGGGCGGUUUCCCGAGCUUUGGCUCGUUUGCAGCCUCGAACUCGGCGCAGCAGCCGAACGGGACCGGUCCGAGUGCGAAUGGGGCUAACCCGAGCGGGUCGUCGCUCAUGGCGAACGUGGCAUCGUCGUUUGCAUUCGAUUCUUCGAAGCCAGGUGGGACGCAGAAUCAGAACCAGGGCUCCGGGAGCUUCUCCCCGCUCUCGUCGCAGCCGACUUCAAGUACAACGACCGGGUCGACAUUCUCGGACUCACUCUUCUCUUCGCUUUCUUCGCAACCCACCGGCACGACUGCGACGACGAGCUCCGCGGGUGCGCCAUCGAUCUCCGUCUCCUCAGCGGGCAGCGCGCCUCUGCAGAGGCAGACGACGGGCUUCAGUGGCCUCAAGCCGUUCAAGCCGUCGUCCUCGUUCGGCGCGGCGCUUCUGGAGUCCCUACCUCCGAUUCCCUCGCAGCCGUCGACGCCUCCAGCGUCCAAUCCUGGGUCAUCGAUCACCUCUCAGACGACGGGCUUCCCAGGCUUCAGCCUGAACUCCCAGCCGACGGGCCUUGGGAGCGGCCUCCGACCACAAGCCACCGGGGCACUCGGCGGGGCAAACCCCUUCCGUGCAUCGAUGUUCUCGACGGACUCAAACCCCACCGGCGGCUUUGGGUCAACACCGUCCUUCUUGAACUCGUCGUCGACGCCUUCGUUUGGGGGCGGGGCGGGGGGUUCGACGAACAAGCCAUUCGGCUUGGGCGGGUUGGGCACGAACCCGACGGGGGCGACGUCUGCCUUUAGCUCGGGCGCGUUUGGCUCGGGCUCGUUUGGGCUUAGCGGCGGCUUCGGAGGGUUGAAUGGCGUGACCGACCCGUCGAAGCAGCAGCAGCCCCAGCAGCAACAGCAGUCCCUUAUUUAAGGCCCGUCUCCUCAACCUAUCCGUCCCUCAUUCAUGAUCGCGUAGUAGCCAGCUGUGUGUCCCUCGCUUUCGCUUCCGUAUAUUGUCACGACCCGUAUCCCCGCGCUCCUUUUGCCUUUUUGCGACCUGCACUCCUUUUUUGCACCUUACUUUGCUAGCUUUGUUGGCUGUCUCUUCCCACCCUCACUGGCCUUAAUCUGCGACGUGUUCGCUUGCUUCUGCGUAUCGCAUUUUACUAUCCACAGUCGCAGUCUGGCCCGUACAACGCUACUGCUCUUACUUAUCGGGCCGGGAUGAUAUCAUAGGUUGGCUACAUACAGGCCCUGGGUGGGGAUGGGGCGGCUCGGACUGGAUUAGUGCGAUAUAUACUGGCACCGUUGCGGUGCUGACGCUCCUUCAUGAUACGAUAGUACAUUGGUUUCUGAUGUCUCGCCCAAGAGAGGAUACCCGGCGUAACUGUACAGUUCAAGCUAUUCGUAUACAUGCCAUUAAUUCAUGCUCGAUGGGC